AUGAUGAUGAUGAUGCUCACGUGGGGGGAGGUCAGUAACACGUGCACUUGCCCACAGGAGGACCCGUGCCUCUCUCUGGCCACCCUGGCGUUUCCGUGUUUCGAUGGCCUUUACCUCCCAAAGCAGGAGAGCGUGUUCCUGCAUGAUGUCAAGGAGGAGCUGGAAGUCUACCUGCAGCAGAGCCGCCGCCAGAGCGUGCUCCUGUUCCCACCUCUGCCGAGCAGACUGCGGUACCUGAUCCACAGGACCACGGAGGACCUGCCGGAGCUCGCCACCUUCUCAGUCGGGGACAGCUGGUGCCGCAGGGUGGUGGUCUGCCAUGCCGAGCUACGGGCUGUGGAAGAGGAAGUCGGUGACUGGGAGGGCAACGACAGCUUCUGUGAACAGCCCCUGAGAAACAGGGAGGAGAUGGGUGGCGGCGCCAAGACCAGAUCAUCCUUCCCGUCGCGAGGCAGAGGACCGAAGAGGCCGGACAAAGCCCUCUACAUGCCACGGGCUGCUCGGGAGAGACUCUCCUUCCAGAACUCUCCAGAACCGCCGGGAGACCAAGGGGGUCCCGGUCCAGCCUCAAGUAGCUGCAUCGGCAGUUCACGUGACUCUUGUUUCUCUCCCGAAGCGACAGAGGACACCUCCCCCGCGGCCACACGGGAGCAGCUCCUCGGUGCGGCGGACCGCGGCGCCGACAGCUCGGCUCUUUGUCCUCCGGAAGAGAACCGAGCGCUGCCGCUGACCCCCAACGAAGCCGAGCCCCUCGGCUGGCAGCAGACCGUGUCCUGCUUCAAGGACAUGACUCUGGAGGAAGACGAGAAGGGAAAGGAAGACGUGUGCACGGACGCAGACGAUGUCACUGAAGAGAUCAAGGCACAUCUGAAAGAGCCGGCGGCCGUUUCCAUUCAGCACGUUCACAACGACUACUCCGUUUACGAGAGCGAGCCCGUCCGCCUGGAUAAGCUCUGCCACGUGAUCGAGAUCUACGACUUUCCGCAUUGUUUCAAAACGGACGACCUCGUGGACGCGUUCACAGACUACAGUGAUGGCGGAAUGAAGAUCGAGUGGGUCGACGACACACACGCCCUGGGGGUUUUCUCCACUGAGACGGCAGCAAUCCAGGCCCUCUCCAUUUGCCAUCCUUUGUUGAAGGCAAGAGCGUUGAAUGAAGGGAGUAAACAAGCCAAAGGAAAGGCCAACAGACAAGCAGAGUUCAUCCAGCCGGUGAAGGAGCGUCCUCGGACCGACUCUGCUGUUGCCAGGCGGAUGGUGACCCGAGCGCUGGGGAUGCAGGGACGAGGCCGAAGGGGCCAGCGCUACUGAAGGGAAUCGCACCCACGGCGUAUUCAGAAAGGUCCAGCAGAGGCCUCCAUCGGGCCUCUGGAGGCGGCGCUCUGACGACGAAGAGCACGACUGCCGUCCAGCGCUGUCGGCCUCUCCACUGAUUGGUGCAGCAGGCGUGCAAAGGGACUCGCAUCCAGCCUCACAGGUGGAGCUGUGAAGCUGAAGCUGACCCCCCUUUUUGGACAUUAUUGAUGUCUGAACUCUGAGUCUGAAGCAAACGGGGAAUUCACGUGGAGAACGCUGCAGAAUAUCUUCGCUCGUUUUGAUUUUACUGCAUGAAGUCUUGAAACUAAAGUGCGUUUCAGGCGUCUUUUUUUGUUGUUUUAUCGAUGCAGGAUUUUGCGGUUCGGAACAUUAAUGUUAAAUCCCUCCACACAUUAACUCUCAGGUUUCGGUUGAAGCUGUAGUUGUAGCCAUAUUGUGUAACGCAGAUUCAUUAACUAUUGUUUUCCAAAGCCAGCACGGACUCAGUCUUGCAGACAAAGCCAGACGCGAUCAAUAUUUUCUAACGUUUUAGAUGAUUUUUAAAACUUUGUUUGAAUUGUUAACCGGUUACAAGAUGUUCUGUUUUUCAUAUUUAUUAUUUUCCUCUAAAGAAGUACCUUUUUUUUAGGAUUGAAGCAAAGUGUUCGCGUUGUUCCUCACUCAGAGCUGUGAGGCCUUUUGUACCCGUUACUGUAUUCAGUAAAGAAAGAUUUGAGUGUUUUAUGUAUAAAAAGUUUCAAUAAACAAACGGGUGCAGCCAGAAA